UGUUCAGUGACCCGCGGCCGCCGGCCUGGGGCGCUGCCAGUGCCGGGGCUCCCGCAGCGCGCAGGCGGCUCGGGCGCUCGCGUCCUUGGAGCAUGGCCCGGGUGCUCCGCAGCCUCCACAGCUCCCAGCCUGUCGCCCGCUUCCAGCGCUGCUGCGGGCUCUUCCCCGCCGCGGGGGAAGGAGCCGGCGACGGGCUGGCGGGGACCGUGGGCGGUGGGGACCAUCUCCCGGCCCGGGACACCUGCCCCGGGGGCAGCCCCGCCAGACAGCGGCUGCCAGAUGCCAACGGUGUGAAGAGCAGCCCCCCGCCGCAGGAUUGUGCACAGAAAUAUGUUGUGAAGAAUUAUUUCUACUACUACCUGUUCAAGUUUUCAUCUGCCUUGGGUGAAGAGAUUUUUUACAUCACAUUCCUUCCAUUCACCUACUGGAACAUCAAUCAUGAUGUGUCGAGGAGGCUGAUAAUGAUGUGGUGUAUUGCUAUGUACAUAGGCCAAGUCACUAAGGACAUCCUGAAAUGGCCUCGUCCUCAUUCACCUCCUGUUGUGAAGCUGGAAAUGAGAGCAGAAUAUGGAAUGCCAUCCACCCAUGCCAUGGCAGCUACAUCCAUUUCCUUCACAUUUUGUAUUGCAACAAUAAACCAAAACAAGUACCCACUUGUGCUAGGACUAAUGGCAGCAUUUGUAUUUUCUACUCUGGUGUGUCUCAGCAGACUUUACACUGGAAUGCACACUGUACUGGAUGUGAUUGGUGGAAGUCUGAUUUCAGCUGCGUUAAUUGCACUCACAUAUCCUGCAUGGGAUAUCAUAGACCACUUGAUGUUAACUAGUCCAUUCUGCCCUAUACUUUCUAUAACUGUGCCCCUUCUCCUAUGUUACAACUAUCCCAAACUAGAGAAUUACAGCCCUACCCGAGCAGACACAACUACUGUCCUUGGAUCAGGAGCUGGAGCAACCAUAGGAUUCUGGUUAAAUAACCUAUAUGCAGCACCAAACUAUCCCAACAAAAGUCUUCUCCUCAGCUUUCCUCCAAUCAGUGAGAUGAUGAUGGUGGUGCUGGCAAAGUUCUUAGUAGGGAUUUUUAUUCUUUUGGUUACACGUUAUUUCAUCAAAGGCAUGGCCCUCCGUGUGUUGUGUUCUAGGUACCAGGUUUCUGUCAACGAUCUAGAAGCCAGACGACGACUGGAAAUAGAAGUGCCCUACAAAUUUAUAACAUAUUCUUCUGUUGGCUUCAGUGCUACAGUGCUUGUACCAUUAUUGCAUGAGUUAUUAGGAUUAAUAUGAGUGCAGUGCAUUGUUAGAAAUAAUUUAUGGCAAAACCAUGUUAGAGAUACAAAAAAAUUUACACAAAGGUAAAGAUUUGACCUUUCUGCACUGGUGUAAAAUACCUACUAUUGAAUAUCCCAAGGAAUCACUGAAUGUAAAUAAUUUAAGAUUAGAAAUUACUGGCUAGUCUGUACCCACAGCUACAGAUCUGUGAUCCAGGUGGUUAGUAUGACGAGUACAAAAACAAGAACUCCUGUUUAUAUGGCUUUUGUUUACUUUCCAAAAAGUUAGCACGUGCUACAGUAUCAGUGUUGUGUCACUCAGGGUUCAGCCUCAGUACUUCACUCCUCCGUUUUGGAAACAUCACUCAGGGGAUGGUCACAUGGCUGGAGAUAGGGUAGGUUCCCCUCAUGGCAUCUGCAAUCCCUGCUGGUCUCCCACGCUUCAAGUAAGGGAUUCUAUUUUAUGCAUGCCAUGUAGGGUGUAGCAGAUGCGAGAGAGCAAUUCUGCUGCAGGGACAGAACCAGCUCCCCAGUGGUCAGGAAUUGGGGUUAGUGUAAAUACUACUAUUAAGGGGGGAAAAAAAGCAUGCACAUGUGUGCAGCAGGGUUGAGGAGGCCUCAUGUGGGGAAGAAGCUGCCAAUCUAGUAUUAAAGCAGGGGUCCUCAAACUGAGGUCGGGACCCCUCAGGGGGUUGCAAGCUGUCAGCCUCCACCCCAAACCCUACUUUGCCUCCAGCAUUUAUAAUGGUCUUAAAUAUAUAAACAAGUGUUUAAUUUAUAAGGGGAGUUGCAUUCGGAGGCUUGCUAUUUGAAAGGGUUCACCAGUACAAAAGUUUGAGAACCACUGUAUUAAAGCUUCACUCUCCAGCCUAUCAGUGCUCAAUAUUGUGUUCUCCUGGGUAAUUGGGCAGCCAAAGGAAGAAGUUGCUGAGGGGGGCAAAUCCAGAGGGAAGGUAGCAGGAAAUUAGAAGUGAUCAGAAAGAAUUAAGCCUGGCUAAGUGGGUGGUUAGCCAAAACCAAAACGGCUGGAAAUGAUGUAGGGCCUGAUGCUGCUAUGAAGCUGCACUUUAAAACUGGCAUGGAUUCAGUGGAAGUGUCCUGCUGACUAACAUAUCAGGCUCUCUGAAUAGAUGCCCUUGGGAAUUAACAUGCACAGAAACCAUAAACCUAGAUAAGGUUACAUGUGUGUGUUUCCCUUGUGACUGCUCUUAAUUGUUAAAUGUUGAAAUUUUAUGACACUUUUUGUCCUUGCUACUUGACGUAAUCCGUCUUCUCCGUACAGACAGCUUUCCUUGUUAAGACUUGUUUUACCUAUUGGAAUUCUUCAAAGAACUACCGGUAACUUUUUUUCUUUUGUGUUUCAUACCAAAAAUGUGACUGAAGUGUUACUGAAAAUUCUGCUUGGCUAUGCUUCAACUAGGGAAGUGAGCACACAACUGGGAGCCACAUCCUCCUGAAUCAAUAUCGCACCUGACAUGGAUUCCCCUCUUGGGCAAGUCACUUAUCCACCUUGCCUCAGCUCCCCCAUCUGUAAAAGUGCAACAAUAAUGUCUGCCUACCUCACAGGGAUGUUGUGAGGACUAAUUAGUGUUUGAAGUGUAUUAUGGAAAGUGCUGAGUAUUAAUAUUCAAGUGACCAUAAAAUACACUGAUACAAUGGCCAUACAUUUCUGAUGCUAAGCUCCACUAUUAUUUGUCUUCUAUGUAUCUUGCAUUAGUACACAAGAAUUGUCAUCUUCUUAACCAUUAAUAGUUAAGGGUGUCUGCUGCUGCUGUGACUUCCAGGCUACUAAAAAGUAUUACAGAUUGCACCAAUAAGCUGCUAGAAGUUCAGCUGUGAUUGUGGUUAAAAAAGAAAAAAUGGGUAAUGCUGCUGGACCUUGACUCCUCCUACACUCCCCCCACCCCAUAUUAUGAAUGUGCCAACCUACACAUUAUACUGUUGCAUUUAGAACUGAAAGCAUGGCCUGGGGGCCUUUUUCUUAGAUAAUUUAUAAGAAGUAGAGCCAUCACUCUUUCCUGUUGGCCACUGCUUUUUUUAAAUUUGUGAGCAGCAUUAAAUGUAGAAGAAGAAUGUAAAUAGGGCGAAUGGCCAGUGGUUGGCUAGUUUUAGAUUAAUGUAUUCAAACAGUAUGGCUUUGCCCUGAUCGCCACUGAAUAGACUUGGAAGCAAUUCUUGCUUUUAGAAAAAGUUAGCAACCACUCCAGGAGAAUAGGAGAUACAAGCUGACAUUUUAAAUACAGCGCUUCUCUUUAGAUUCAUAAAGGCCGUGGUUUAACUGAAUUUAGAAUUGUGUACACACACACAGCCUACCCAAAAUUUAAUAGCAGUUUAGUAAAUAUGAACACUUCAGUACCAAAAUGUAUAGAAGACUGUAGCUAAAUCAAGCUGCACUUCACCACUACACCACAAGAAGUACCUUAAAACACCUUCCAAUAAAGGAAUUUUAUGAUAUAGGGCUGCAUGAAGGCAAAAGAUCUGAAGCCCUGUGGAGGUGUUAUUUCAUGUCAUAGUGGAAGGGACUAAAGCAGAAAAAAGGUACAAUAAGUGGAAGUUCCUUAACUCAUAACACUAAGUCAACUAGACUCAAAAAGGUUUCAGAGGAACAGCCGUGUUAGUCUGUAUUCGCAAAAAGAAAAGGAGUACUUGUGGCACCUUAGAGACUUACCAAUUUAUUUGAGCA